AUGACAGCAAAGGAACAGCAAAUAGAGGCCGCAGUUGCGGCAGGCGAGAUUCCCGGUCUGAUCCUACUUGCUACUGAUACAGCCGACAAGUUCCACUACGAAAGGACUAUUGGCAGUGCGUCCUUGAAACCAGGCGCUGAGCGACCUUUGACACUCGACACGACACUCACUAUAGCGUCGUGCACCAAGAUCAUUACUACCGUCGCAGUGCUGCAAUGCGUCGAACGAGGCCAGUUUGGUCUGGACGAUGAUGUCUCCACUGUCCUUGAUGAGCUUCAAGACCUCAAGAUCCUCAAGGGCUUUGAAGAGGGUACCGAGAAUCCGAUCUUGGUGCCAGCGAAGAAUAAGAUCACGUUACGACAUCUCUUGACACAUUCCUCCGGCAUCGCGUACGACUUCCUCGAUCCUAACAUAAUACGUUGGCGCAUGUCGACGGGUCGCACUCCCGACAUAGGUGAAAGCACGCCACUAUUGCAGCGCACCAAUCUCCCCCUCCUUUUCGAGCCCGGCGAGGGCUUCGUGUACGGCUAUUCGCUCGACUGGGCCGGGAUACUCGUCGCCCGCCUCAACAAUAUCUCCCUAGAGGACUACAUCCAAAAGAACAUUUGCGAACCACUAGCGAUCACAGACUUGACUUUCCACCUGGAGAAGAACGACGAGGUUCGCUCCAAACUAGCCGACUUUAAUUUCCGGUCCGGCGGUAUAACUCAAUUCGGCACCCCGGCAGACCCAAAUGGUUCAAUCUCCUGGACACCAGGGCGCGUAUGGCCGGACCCCGUUGUCGAAGAGUAUGGUGGAUGGGGUGUGUUCACGAGCGGACCGUCAUUUUUGAAAGUCCUUGCCUCUAUUCUGCGCAAUGAUGAAAAGAUUCUGCGCCCUGAUACUGUAGACGAGAUGUUCAAGGAUCAGUUAUCCGCCGCCUCCAAGGAGAUGUUGAAUGCAACACUGUCCAUUCCAGAGAUAAACAAUUUUCUUGGUGGGACACCGUUAGGGCUGCAGAAGACUUGGGGGCUCGGUGGUUUACUCGUCUUGGAAGAUCAUACAACCGGUCAGAAGGCUGGAAGUCUUCGGUGGGCUGGCUUGCCGAAUCUCUUCUGGUGGAUUGAUCGCAAGGUUGGGUUGUGUGGUUUUUAUGCGAGUCAGCUGGUGCCCACUGGGGAUCCGAAGAGCGUUGAGUGGUCUACUGUGUUUAUCCAGGAUAUGUAUGAGAGGGUGGAGGGGUUUGGCGCUCAAGUGUGA